CUAACCUACUCGUACCCCUUCUUUUCUCUUUCACUCCCCCCAUCACGCCCUAGUACCAUAUUGUCAGCAACACAUCGCAAUUCGAACCCAAUCGAAUUUUUCCUUUCGUAAACUGUGCUGCUGCAACCUCAGCAGCUCAGCCCUGCGACCGCCAACAAAAACCGAAAUACCUCGCUUGUCGUUAUUCGCAGCACACAUAGGACGCACAGACACCCACCAUCAAACACGCGGCUGACGGUCAACCUUACGACCGACCGAACCUCUCUUUCCUCUUCCCCUAUCCUCCUUGUGAGUUCUGUUGUCGUGGAUCUUGGGUGGUCUUGAAAAAAAUCAUCUAGCCUCUGCAUACGAAGUUGGGUGGAUAUAUCGAGAUAGGACGACACGACUGGUACAGCGCACCCCUGUCCGCUUUCUCUGCUCAAAAUCCGAAUCCCUACGGUACCUCUGUGAACUUUCGCUUUGGUCGACUGUCGAUCCUCCUCUCCCCGAAAACUCCCAAAAUCCCGCUACCAAAGCGUCCAACUGACCUAUACCUCGAUACACCACCCCCCCUCAUCUUCUAUUUUGUACCCCCGGUGGCCAUCGUCUACAACCUGGUGUUUGAAAACCCCUCUACGACUGUAACGAAGUACUACCAACGUCCGUCAACAAAACAUCUCACAGUUCUCCCUCAACUCGGGAUUUUUGGUGUUCAACCCGGCCAGCUGCACGCCGCCUCGACACGGCCACAUUUCGUCCUUUGUAUUGACUGGGGGAAUAUUUAUUUAUUUGUUCGGAUAUCUGGCCCUUGUUCCGGUGGGGAAGUGAACUCUCAAGGCGUCGUUGUUGGGUAGCCUUCAAACUUGAGUUUCGCCCUUCUUCCGGCUGGACCGUGGUGUCAUCCUUGACAUAUUUUUCUUUUCUUUUCUUCUUUCAGUUUAUACACCUGCUACGACAAACUUCACGGCCUUAAAUACUAACUUUACUUAAUACUCUAACGACUUUCGAUCAGUUCGUGCGUCUUGCACCUGUAUUAUUCGACUUUUAUACCCGAAUACUGUUCUUAUAAUAUCUUCACAAUGGGUGCUUGUUUUUCGAGUGAGAGCGAUGAGGAUCGUGUCAGUGCCAGGAUUGACAAGGAGAUCGGGGAGGACUUAAGGAGGCUGAGGAGAGAAUGCAAGAUUUUAUUGCUUGGUUCUGGUGAGAGUGGAAAGUCAACGAUCGUGAAACAGAUGAAGAUUAUCCAUCAGAAUGGAUAUUCCGUUGAGGAGCUCGCGAUGUAUCGAUUAACAAUCUAUAAGAACUUGGUGGAUUGUGCGAAGGCACUCGUGGGGGCCCUGCGGCAGUUUGACAUAGAACCGGAUACUACUACCAAUAGGGAAUAUGCGGACUUUAUAAUGGCCUUCCAAGUUGACCCCGAUCCAAAUACACCUCUUGAUCCAAAACUUGCAUUGGCCGUCGUAUCAUUAUGGAAGGACCCUUGCAUUCCCAAAGUUAUGGCCCACCAAAACGAAUUCUAUCUUAUGGAUUCCGCACCUUACUUUUUUGAUGAGGCACCUAGGAUCGGCCAAGCUCAUUACAUACCAACGGAAUCAGAUGUUCUCCGAGCCCGAACAAAGACGACCGGUAUAUAUGAGACUCGAUUUUCAAUGGGGCAGCUUAGCAUUCACAUGUUUGAUGUUGGCGGCCAAAGAAGUGAACGGAAAAAGUGGAUUCAUUGUUUCGAGACGGUAACUUCAAUUAUCUUCUGCGUCGCCCUCAGUGAAUAUGAUCAAGUUUUAUUAGAAGAGUCAAAUCAAAACCGUAUGAUGGAGAGUCUUGUCCUUUUCGAUUCGGUCGUCAAUAGUCGCUGGUUUGUUCGAACAAGUAUUAUCUUGUUCCUCAACAAGGUCGAUUUGUUUAAAACGAAGCUCGCUCGAAGUCCUCUAUCGAAUUAUUUCCCGGACUAUUCAGGCGGGAAUGAUGUUACAAGGGCCGCCAAGUACCUAUUGUGGCGGUUUAACCAAGUCAACAGGGCUCAUCUAAACCUUUAUCCACAUCUCACACAAGCAACAGACACGUCGAAUAUCCGAUUGGUAUUUGCGGCGGUGAAGGAGACAAUAUUACAGAAUGCUCUCAAGGAGUCUGGCAUAUUAUGAUUAAAAUGAGUGGAUCCAUAUUUCUCUCAUUAAUUCUAACGAUCCUUUGUACAAAAACGUUUGCUUUAUUAGGUAUUGGAUUUUUAUUUUUUUCCCCUUUUGCUCGAUUUCGUUACCCUUCACUUCGAGUACGGGCGGUAUGCACUGGAUUGUGCAUUCUGAAAGAAAAAUGGUGAGAUAUUGUGUCACAUCUUGACUGGGAUUGUUAUUGGGAAUUGGCUACUGCUUAAUGGUGGCUCUGGUAUUGCUCCUUUUCCUUAUCUUUUUCUCUCUUUCGGUAUGGGUACAAAGCACGGGAGCAUUUUUGUGAAUUGGUUCGCGUGGUUUGUCAAGAAUCGGAGUUUCGGCGAGAGCUAUUGGCACUCGCAAUUGUGUAUAGUUUUCCUUCAUAGCGUUCAAACCCCCCCUGUCCCCAUUUAUUUCUCCUCUGUCAUCUGUCUUGACUUCGUUUUAAAGUAUAAGGGGAUAUGGGCGGAAAUAUGUAAUUGGAGUAGAGUUCAUCUCAUUCCCUUCUCUGCUGGUUUUACUUUUCCCGGUGCGGCAAUUCCGCGACCUUUUUUCCCUUGAUUUUUUUCCUUCCUUCACUUCACUUCACAUUUUUUAUUAUUUCAUAUUCAAAGGAGGGAUGGGUGGAUUUUCAUUCUUCCAAUGCUGGGAUUAGUUUUUACGGAAAAAUCCCGUUU